AUGGUGGUGGGUGGUGACCAGCCCUUCCGCUUCCCCGCCGCCUUCACCUUUGUGCUGCGGGCCUUUGCCACGCUGGAGGGCAUCGGCAAGGCUCUUGACCCCGGCUUCAAGUUUGCCGCCGUGGCGGCGCCCUAUGCCUCUGAGCUGCUGGACCUGCGGGACAGCCGCAGCCAGUCCUCCUUCCUGCUGGCCCAGCUGCAGCAGCAGGCGGCGGACCUGGGGCAGGCGGCCGCCGCCAUGCCGCUGCGCGUGCAGCGCAUCGAGAGCACCAUGGCGCAGCUGGAGGCGGGGGACCUCAAGCUGCGGGUCAGGGUGCUGGAGGCGGAGCGGGCAGACCGCCGCAGCGGCGUCAUACAGGCUGCCACCAUCAACAGCAUCGGCUGCAUGGGGCUGCUGAAUGUGGGGGUGCAGCUGGCGCUGGCGGGGCAGCCCGCGGCGGCGGGCGCCGCGCUCAGCCUGUCGGCGGUGUGCGCGGGGCUGGUGCUGUAUGGUUUCCGCAGGGUGAAGCGGCUGGACAGGUUUGAGAAGUCGAUCCGCACAGGCACCUCCUACAACCCCAACGACUGA